CGUGGAACUACAAAAAAGUCCGCUUCUCUCCCCCCUAUACCUCUCUACUUAUCCUCCCAACACACCCAUCCAACCACUACUUCUACCUUCACCCUCCCCCCAUCAACCUCCCUUCAACCUUCUCCCGACACCUUCAAUCCAUCUCACGGCCACCACGCUUCAUACGAGUUUACACAUCCUUUAAACUUACACCCUUUUAAUUUGCCCGCCAUGGAAGACGAAGUCGCUGCUCUCGUUAUCGACAAUGGUUCCGGAAUGUGCAAGGCCGGUUUCGCCGGUGAUGACGCCCCUCGUGCUGUCUUCCCCUCGAUUGUUGGACGUCCCCGUCAUCAUGGUAUCAUGAUCGGUAUGGGACAGAAGGACUCGUACGUUGGAGAUGAGGCACAGUCGAAGCGUGGUAUUCUCACGCUGAGAUACCCCAUCGAGCACGGUGUUGUCACGAACUGGGACGACAUGGAGAAGAUUUGGCACCACACUUUCUACAACGAGCUGCGAGUGGCUCCCGAGGAGCACCCCGUUCUGUUGACCGAGGCCCCCAUCAACCCCAAGUCCAACAGGGAGAAGAUGACACAGAUCGUCUUCGAGACUUUCAACGCCCCGGCUUUCUACGUCUCGAUCCAGGCUGUGUUGUCCCUGUACGCCUCCGGUCGUACCACCGGUAUCGUCCUGGACUCCGGUGACGGUGUCACUCACGUUGUCCCUAUCUACGAGGGAUUCGCCCUUCCCCACGCCAUCUCGCGUGUCGACAUGGCUGGUCGUGAUCUUACCGACUACCUCAUGAAGAUCCUCGCCGAGCGUGGUUACACUUUCAACACCACCGCUGAGCGUGAAAUCGUUCGUGAUAUCAAGGAGAAGCUCUGUUACGUCGCCCUCGACUUCGAGCAGGAGAUCCAGACUGCCUCGCAGUCCUCUUCCCUCGAGAAGUCCUACGAGCUUCCCGACGGACAGGUCAUCACCAUCGGUAACGAGCGUUUCCGUGCCCCCGAGGCUCUCUUCCAGCCUUCGGUCCUCGGUCUCGAGUCAGGCGGUAUCCACGCCACCACCUUCACCUCUAUCAUGAAGUGUGAUGUUGAUGUCCGUAAGGACCUCUACGGUAACAUUGUCAUGUCCGGAGGAACCACCAUGUACCCCGGUAUUGCCGACCGUAUGCAGAAGGAGAUCACUGCUCUUGCUCCUUCUUCCAUGAAGGUCAAGAUUAUUGCUCCCCCGGAGAGGAAGUACUCUGUCUGGAUCGGAGGAUCUAUCCUUGCGUCCCUUUCUACCUUCCAGCAGAUGUGGAUCUCGAAGCAGGAGUACGACGAGAGCGGUCCUUCGAUCGUUCACCGCAAGUGCUUCUAAUCGCCGUCUGUUUUUUUUGCGCAUGGUUGUGUGCUUUGGGCAGGGGGAAACAUGGGAUACUUUUCAGCGACUUUCCGCAAUGAUAAUUAAACAACUCCACGAAAAAUGGGAAAGUGAUGAUCGUCGUAGUCCGCAAUGUGACAGUUGGAUGGGGGUUGUUCGAUUGUUUUUUUUUUUUUUCUGUUUCAUACUCGGUUGCCCUUUUUUUUUGUUGUGAAUUCGUUUUU